AUGAUUAACGAAGAGGCUACUAGAAGUAGCAAAUAUCUGCGGAGAGAUGUAACAAAUUUGAAUUGUCGAACAAUUUAUUGGCAUGAAAACAUUACCAGAGAAAAUCACGAUGCGACACGUGUUCAGAUAGGUUUUACAGUUAUGAAUGUACUUAAAAAAAGAACAUACAUGUAUCAUAAAAAAAGGUUAUGUACAGCAGACACUUUAUGCCCUCCCCCUUACAUACAAGGCCUAAAAAGCCCAUACCAAAAAAGGAUUAAUGAUGUUUUAAUCGUGCUGUUCAUAGCAGCUUAUGAUGUACUGAUUACUCAAGAUUGGGACACCAUUUCUAAGGAAAUGAAUAGCAUAAAAGUUAUAAAAAUGACAAAGUUUCAUCCUUCACUUCUCCCAAACGUUUUGCAAACAGUUUGUGCAUAUUGUAUAUUCGAAAAUACAGGAAAAUAUCCUUGUUUAACAUCGUACAAGAUGGUCCACACAGAUGAGUAUAGACAAGAAUCUGCACAUUGUGUUCCUUCAACUGGUAUAUCCUAUCGUUUCAAUAACACAUGUGGACCUCAUUUACGACCAAGAAGAAUAUCAAACUGCACAAUAUCGAGUAUUACAAAAACAACAUUGAAUGUUUCAUGUAUCGAUAUUAGAAAAAAGACUCAUAGCUACAAUUGUGAAUCGUUACUUUCACAACGUUGGAAUUUUUACCCGCAAAGUCCUGAAUUUCCAACGUAUUGGAAUUUCAUGAUGUUCAUGAUUUGUUUCUGCUUGUUUUGCGUUUUAACCGUUGCGCUAAACAGUUUUAGUAUGUUCGUUAUCUUUAAAUCAAAAGAAAUGAGAGAAUCAAAAUCCAUCAUAUUCGCCGCACAUAUGGUGCUGAUUGAUUUCUUUAUUGGUAUAGUUUUAAUGCCGCUGACUAUUACAUCUGAGCUGGCUGCUAACGAACUUGCAUUCAAGGGUAAGCCAUUUGUACCAUACGAAAUAAGCCAGAUUAUAUUUAUUUGGUAUAGUCGACUUGAUUUAUGUUUCUUAAUGGCAACGUUCAUCAAUUUUGCACUCAUGUCUAUCGAACGGUGUAUUGUGGUGUUGAAACCGUUAUGGCAUUUUCGGUAUGUAACCUACAAAAAGAUAUGCUUUUCAGUUCCUUUGGUUUGGCUAUACACGGGUGCAGUCGCUUUUAUAUUCUAUUACACUGGCGGCCAUCAUAUGUUAAUCAAUAUCUCGUUAGGGUUUGCUUUUCCUACAUUGGUCAUGAUUGUAAGCUACGUUUGUAUCAUCGCUAAUGUGUUAUUCCGGAGUUCAAAAAUCGCUGAAGAUAAAGUUACAACGGAAAGGAAAAGAAAAAUUGAGCAAACCGUCGCAAAAAAGCUUGUGUUCUUGCUUCUCGUGUUCCUAACUUUCUGGCUUCCAUAUUUCAUUUUACUAACAAUCCACCAACACAAAGUACCUACUUUAUCACCGGAUGUUAUCUUAGGCCUUCAUUGGACUAGAUUAUUUUCAUAUGGCCAUUGUUUUUUUGAUCCAGUGCUUUACAUGUUAGCUCGUCCGAAUGUUAGAAAGGAAAUCAAAUCGAUUUUCAAGUCAAACAAAAAUCAGACACCCCGGUCGGCAAGAGGAAUGACGAUCACGUCAACAAUUUUUGGAGCAAGUCUAAAUGACAUAAGAAUGUCAGCAAUCAGUACGAAUGACGUUAGCUUGGUUGGAUACCAGUCGACCGGAAAACAGCAAGGUCUUUAG